UUGACAUGAACAAAUUGACGUUGAUUGACGAAAGUCUUGAGUGUUUGUUUCACAAGUGUUUGAUCUUCCAAGCCUGCUAACCAUGGUUUCAAAUAGUAUAGGUGACAAUUACGAAUAGCAAACACAUGCCAAAUCUGUGCUGGCACAAUUGUCAUUGAGUAUUUUCAGGCUGCCCACUGCCGUAUGCAAAGUUGUAUAGAUUCAGGGGUGUUCAGUUCUUCAGUAACAUUUAAACUUUGAUGAUUUCUAUUUUAAGAACAAAUCUUCCUUGUACUGUAAGUACUAUUUUCUCUUUUAUUUUGUGAUUUAUAUGCUACUUGAUUAUGCCUUAUCCCAAGUUCCCGAUGGCCCUUUGAAAGUUUAUCUGAAAGGUUCAUCAUUGAAAAUGGCUCCUGUAUGAUUGUAUCACCUGGUCAUGUCACUUAUUCAUUCUAUUUUCCCCUAAUAACCUGGCUUAGAUGAUAGGUGUAUUAAAACUUGUGUAUUUUCCAUUCAGCUUUAUGAAAGCAGUAUUGAUAAAUCGACAUCUAAAUGAACAGGUGCAGCAAUUAUUUAUUCACUGUAUACAAUGAAUAUGUUCCCGGUUGAUUGCUUUCAAGAUUGCAGUGCAUUACUCAACUAUCAAAGUAAACUAUUGAAAACAGAGGACAAGAACAAGCUCUGCAUGCAUGUUCUUCAGGAGCUACAAAUAGCAAGUUUGCUUGUUGGCUCCAACAGUUGGCAUUGUGCAACCAAUGUGGUGACAAGAUGUCACCAUAGAGCUCAGCGACGCGUUCUCGACCUCGGCAGAGGCAUUUCUCCUGAGCAAGCAUAUGACAUACUCCAUCACUUCGGCAACACAAGGCAGUGUGAUCUUGCCAUGGCUUGAGAAGCCAAACUCUUCCUGGGACAUCGUCAGGAACUCACUGAAGGUCGUCGUUCUGAGGUACACCAAUGGUACCUCGAAGCGCCUCCCAUCAGUUGUGUACAUGACAGAGUGGCCCUUGACUUCUACAGAGAUGCAGCACUUCUCAUCUUCUUUGGUUGUUGCUGUCGUCAGCUUAUUCCUCUUAAGUGCAGCCAUCCUCUGCCACUUCUUUGCCAACUGAGCAAGUCACGUGGUGCUGAUCAUGGUUGGUUGAUUACGGGUCUUAUUUUUCAGCUGGAAAUUCAGAAAAGUGAGCUAUGCCUGAUGUAAUGCUUAGUUGGUGGUGUAUGAGCUGAUGGUGUCAAUCAUAGUCGUUUGCUGAAUUUAUAGCCCAGAGGAAAGACAUUGUGGCUGUGAAGUAGUUGUCAUCAGAAAAGAUAACAGGGGAAAAGACCAUGGGAUCAACACAUGCAAUGUUGUAGUAUGAUUAAUUUGGAUUAGAUUGUGCUGGGCCAAAUGUUUGGAGCAUCAAAGCAUAGGUUUGCUCUCAUAUCAUCUGUCAGUGUAGCAAGCUGGUGAGGGAUAAGGCCAUUUUCUGUUCUGUGAUUCAGAUUAUGGAAGGAUUACUUUUAGAUAUCAUCAGUGGCAAUGAUCAUGCUUUUCUCUGAAGGUCUGAACUUGAUGUCUGGUUGAAAAAAAACGUAGGACUAAAUGAUCAGGAAUUCGUUCAUGGUCGUGACUGGUUGCUGCUAAACUUUCAGUCUCAGAUUGGUUGUUGAUCAAUCAGAUGUUGUACCUCUGCCUGAAUCAACUUGCUUGACCAACUUCGUUCUUUCUUCAGUUCAUGGUCUUGUCUGUCAUGACCAGUCUCCAGUCCAGCGUCUCAUGUGGUUUGCAUUUCACUGUUGCUUCCCCCAUUUUCACACAGGUCAGAAAAAAAAAAGGAUACUCUGUUUUGAGAGGUGACAGGAGGAGGCUGGGUUACAUGAAUCAAUGUCUGUCUGUCAGUGUGGCAAGCUUGCUGGAAAGGCUGAUUUGAUCUCUCCAGUCACCCCAGUCCCCAGCAGUGAACAUGCAGGGAGCUGAGUGCCUCGUGCUCGACUUGUAAACAGGUUUGGGGCUUUCCGACAACAGUGCUUUGAUGGCGACGGCGAAGCCAGUUCACAUAAGGCCUUCCCUGCCCCUUCGAUGAUGGUGGUCCUCCUCAUAGAGGCGCCGAGGAGCAUUGUGUGUGUUCCUCGAGGGAAUAUCCAUCCGCAAGGCUAGGGUUUCCUUUUUUUCUUCUAAAGAGUGUGAUCACAACCAUCCUAUGGUGAUGUGCGCUCAGAUGCCAUUGUGUGAAAUGUGAGGUUGUUUUGUGUAUGAGGCAUCAAGUGCUUGUUCUCUCACAAUGGUGAAGGCAUGCAUAGGAUGCCCAAAAAUUAUAGCACAAGGUCGGUGUUUGUAGACAAGUGAGUUUUGUGGCCUUCAUCGAUGUGCCACAACGAUACAUGAUUCGCCAUUCGCGAUAGAUGCUUUCUCCGGCUCAUAAAACUUAGCCGUAGUGGUACGAUAACUGUUCAAGUCAAUAGUGUGGCCAGCCAUGGACAUGGGGGCGAUUUUGAGAAGCGCCACUCGUCUCCUUGAGAUGGCCGGGGGCACCCACCCACAUCCUGAUGCUCUGGGACGCCUCCGACGGGUGCUGGGCGCCACUGCGGCACAUUGCAUCUCUAACCCCACCUUCACCGAUUCUUUCAAACAGAUGUUGGACAACUUCGUUGGCAAUUUCAGCAAUGACACCAGGAAGGUGGACAACCUCACCACUCGCCUCCAGGCCACGCGUAGCCCUAAAGGCUGCCGCCACGGUGUCUCCCCCACUGCCCAGCUCGCCGGCCUUCAUGGAAAUGAUCUAUUCCGUGCACUUAUGGCCCUGCAGCUGCCCGUGACCGCGCCUCCGGAAUUCUGCCUUGAGGCCGCUCUCGCCGCGCAGAGCCUCAUCGUGCAUGACCACCUCGACCUUUUCAUCCACCUCUGUGAGGAGGCCACCUUCAAGGGCGACAGUACGGUGGUCGAUGAGUUCAACUUCAUGGUCUUCAUGGACCACAUAAAUACCUUGGAAAAGUUCAUGCAAGAGCACAUUGACCUCGCCAACGCCGCUGCCACUUCACGUGCAACCACUGGCCAAGCGAAGUAAAAGCUUGAUUCCAUAGUUAAGCUAGCUAGCUGCAAGUAAGACGAAGGGGGGCCAGGAGGGUCAUUGAUUGAUCCUUAUCUGGCUUCCGUGUGUACUUUGGUGGAUCUCGUUAUCGAGCCAAGAACAAAAACCACUACUUAUGUAUGUAUUAUGCUACUUGUCAGCGAUCGGGUGUGUCUUAAGUACUAGUAAUGGUUUCGAUCAAACUGCGCCCUAUGCACUUGGCCUGCUAUAAUUAAUUUUGUACAAUGGAAUUUGUUUCGCACCAAGUUCUGUUAUUAAUAGUCUGUAUGUUUCUUUUGUUGUGUUGCAUUACCUG